AUGAGCGAUUCCGAAGUCGACGAAAAUGCGUACAUCGCCACCAAUGGCGAAGACUACUUUGUGGACGAUCCUCGUCAGAUGGGAGAUGUGGUCAUUAUGACGGACGGGAAGGAAGAUGAGCCUCAGGCGUGGAGGAUGGACAAGGGGAUCAUGAUGAUGGCCAGUCCCAUCUUCAAGGAGAUGCUUGAUAAGGCCCCCAUCGGGACCUACGAGCUCGUCACCCCCGAAGCGGACCAUUUUACCCUCAACGUCUUUGUCCGCGCCAUCGAAGGCAUCGCGCACGAACAGCUCGAUCAGGAUGAGUGGAGGGCCGAGGCUGGCAUCAAACUCGCCAUCAAGUACAAGGCCACCGAGGCUGCCAAGUUCCUUCUCUCUCACUCCAUCGGGAUCCUCAGCUCCGGCGACGCGACCUCUACCUCGCCUUCACUCUCGCAUUAUCGUCCCAUCGCCGUCUCCCUCAUCCCCUUCUCGCCCGUACGACCUUGGUCGGCCGAGCACGCCGGACGGAUCGACUGGGUCUGGCUUUCGGCGCUUGUCCUCGCAACGCAGGGGGCUUCGAAGGCUACUGAGGCGCAUCUGGCGGAUCGGUCGUACUGGCGUGCCAUUGCGGGAGACUUUCUGCAGAACUCCGCGUUGAACGCCUUCCGCAGGUGUCAAAAGUUAGAGGGCAACCAUCUAGCUCUACACCCGGUGUACACCUCAACAUCCCUCCUCAUGCCACGCACCCCCCGAUCACGAAUGCCCGCUGCACGUCAAAGUAGCUAG